AUGUUCUCCCUACCGGUUGUUUCCAUCCUCCACGUGACUGUGUACAGAUCACGUCUUCCAGGGCUGCCAGCGCCCCAGCCAUCUGGCGGGAAAGCAGCCGCAGCCAGAAAUGCCCUCGCCGCCGGAAACGCCCACGAGCUUCAGGAGGACCCGGAUCUUGAGGUGGAACAUCUGUGUGAGAACAGCCUGGAACUCGCGCAGGUCCCGCAGGCCCCUGGGGCGGGCCUCUGGAGUGGUCGAGGCAUCGUCUUGGUUGGCUUUUCCAUCCUCCUGCUCCUUGGCAGCUCCUUUGCACCCUAUCUGCCUGACAACGGGAUGCCGGCGUGGGCCCACCCGGAAGCUGAGAGGCUUGUGAAAAGCCCAGAGGCCGAGGGCCUCCCGGAAACCAACAAGAUGCAGCCGAACUGA